AGUUUCUGUCCUCACCUUCUCCGGGUCUCGUUUUCUGCCCUAGCCCUUCCGACUAACCUCCCCUUCAACCACGUGCUGGAAGCAGUCAUCAUUUGUAGUUACUUUUACCCCAGACCCUGGUUUUCCUCUCUAGAAAAAGCCACACCCCCUCUAACGGACACAUGCACCCCAUUCCCUUUUAGUUCUUUCUUCCCUUUUGAUCUCUUGCUCAGUCACACGUUAGUGCCCAUUUGAGGCACCUCAGGUUUCACUGCCCACAGAUGGGAUCUGGUUGGGGGUCCCAGCCUUACCCCACCAAAGAGGCCAUGUGCCCACUUCCUUGUGGAAGGUAGAUUAUACUGGCCCUGCCCAUGUGACAGGUGUGGAAGAAGCUUUUAAAGGGCUUAAACUGAUGUAAAGGGAGGCAUUUAUCAUUGCUUGCAGCACCCUCAUGGACUGUGCUAAGAGAGGGUCCUGUGAUUCAAGGACACUCCCAGCCGUGCUUCUGCCCACACUUAGCGACACGAUUAGACAUGCCAGUGAGAGGCCUGCAGGAUACAGUGUGUUUCCUGAGUAGCUGGGGACUGCUGUGCUUCCUAAACGGCCAGUUUGCCUCUCCGGUAAUCCUGAGCUCUAGUCUAACAGGAAACAGUAUAGAGAUCGUGUCUUCAUAAAUUUAAGUAUAAAGUGACAAGUGACACUGUAGUUCACCAUAAAAGAAUAUUCUUUGCAAAGCAUGAAUGUGAUUAAUACCACAUUGAGCCAAGGCCACAUCUUUCCACACAUAGCAGGAACAGCCAAAGUGUAGGGGAAAGCUAAAUUAUGUCUUAGCUGUUGCAGCAGAUGGAUGUUUGGGUGUAUGAACAAGUCUGGGCACAGGGAUCCCAGACUCCUGCACACACUCAAAUAAUUCUUAGCUAUGGGAGCGCACACUCAAAUAAUUCUUGACUAUCCGCCGCUCGAGGAAAGCAGACUGGGAGUGGCCGGUACUGUAGCUACACCGUGGUGGCAGACAGCACUGUCACAUUCACCGCUGAGAUGCUGUAAGACAGCAGCUCUUGGAGAUAUCCUGGGAUUUACCUGGAGUUCCCCUCCCAUGAUGGUAUUAAUCCCUGUUUAACAUGUCAUUGUUUACAGUUUAUAAAACUCCUGGAUGUUGCCUUGUUUGAGGUAACUCCCCGAGUUAAGCAAGGAAGGCUUUAUUGCUCCUGUUUUACAGUUGAGGUGGUGGUUCAGAGUGGUUGAGUUGCACAGAGCCCAUGGCUAAUCGUUUUCAGCUAGGGUCAGGACCCAGCUGUCCUAGUUCCUCACCCAGGGCUGGGAAACUCUUACUUUUUAUUGCUUGUAUUUAAGAAGUUCCUCAUUUAGAUGACAUCUUUCUAAUCCCCACCUUUAUGUUAGUAAUGUUUUACUUCCCCUGAAUUUUGAGAGGGGUUCCCUCUUUGUACUGUUUUCCUCAACCCACACUUUUUAAUUUCCUCUGUUUCUUUUCUGGGUCCCAGUGAAAUUAUUGCCAGUGGACUGUGAGACAAAAACAGACGAGUUCUGUCAGGCCAAGCAGAAGGCAGCCUUGCUGGAGCUGCUGCACGAACUCUACAACUUCCUGGCCAUCCAAGCUGGUAACUUUGAAUGUGGAAAUCCAGAGAAGCUAAAAAGCAAAUGCAUCCCUGUCAUGGAAGCCCAGGAAUACAUAGCAAAUGUGACCGGCAGCUCCUCCACCAAGUUUGAAGCUGCACUGACCUGGAUACUGAGCAGUAACAAGGAUGUGGGCAUCUGUUUGAAAGGGGAAGACCCAUCUGAACUGGUGACAGCUGUGGACAAGGUGGUCUGCUUGGAAUCUGCCCGCCCCCGCAUGGGUGUGGGCUGCCGCCUGAGCCGUGCCCUGCUCACCGCGGUUACCCACGUGCUCAUCUUCUUCUGGUGCUUGGCCUUUUUGUGGGGACUCCUGAUCUUCCUGAAGUAUCGGUGGCGCAAGUUGGAAGAGGAGGAGCAGGCCAUGUAUGAGAUGGUGAAGAAGAUUAUAGAUGUAGUCCAGGACCACUAUGUGGACUGGGAGCAGGACAUGGAGCGUUACCCGUACGUGGGCAUCCUGCACGUGCGCGACACGCUCAUCCCUCCGCAGAGUCGGAGGCGCAUGAAGCGGGUCUGGGACCGGGCUGUGGAGUUCCUGGCCUCCAACGAAUCCCGCAUCCAGACGGAGUCCCACCGCGUGGCUGGAGAAGAUAUGCUGGUGUGGAGAUGGACUAAGCCCUCUUUCUUCUCCGACUCUGAGCGAUAAACCUCGGCCAGGCCUGUCCCCAGUCAGCCUGUCCCGGCCAGCCCCCUCAGGGGCUCUAGAGGGCCACCAGACCUGCUGGUGCUGAAUUCACACUUGCCUUGACGUUCACCUCCUCCUGACCCUGGUUCCACAGUUCUCUCUGAAAGACUCUUCAGAGAUUCACUUAGUAGGAAAGCUGAGCUUCCUUGGAGGGUGGAGGAGAGAGGCCAGAGGCAGGUGGGUGGCUUGUCCUCUGCAUUGGCCCAUCCUCUGCCAGCAGAAAGUGGAGAAAGGUCUUUUUCAUGAAUGGAAAAGAAGAGCAGCAGCUGUGAGGCCCUGCAGAGCAAGCAUGAGGUUGUGUGUAGAUGCUGGCAGGGACAUGGGUCGGGAUGGUGGGCUGGGGCAGCAGGGGUCGGGGAACAGCUUGUCCAUGUGCCUUCAGGGGGUGUUACCUGGGAGCUCUAGCUGGAUGGGGCCUCUUAUCCUGAAGGAGCAAGGUGCUAGAAAUUAGAAUCAGUACUGUAGGAGAAUUACCUAAGAAUGCCUGGCCCUGGCACACUGGCCUAAUGUCAGGUGAGCUGCUGGUGUGGCCUUCUGGGAGGAACCUGGAGUAGUCACAGGGCCCGAGAGCAGAGAGGAGUGUCUGGGCUGCCACCAGCCACCAUCUCCGUGGCCUGCCUGAAGCAGCCUCCCAGGGUGGACCUCUCAGUGGUGCCUCUCACAGGAGAUGAGGUUUUAUAGACCAGACCUGCAACCAGGACGCCGCAUCCGGCUGAGUGUGUGAUUCCACCACCCAGGACAGCGGGAACCUCGCUCUUCCAGUGUGGGAAGAUCACCUUGUUUACAAUGACCACAGCCUCCCCACCGGGCUCCUUAACCAGAACCGUCAGCAUACAGUGGCUUCUGUGCUCAGGCAAGGCGUGGCUGCCGCACCACUGCCCCCUGCUGGCCACAAGAGAGCCUGCCUAUGGCUCCUCGGACCCUCAUGCCUGCCAGCUCAGCAGCCAGCCUGGUCAGGGGGUGGUCUCCAGAAACAGGCCUGCAGGAGCCUUAUUAAGUGUAGGAGCCUCUCCAGUAUGUUCACAUCUGCAGCAGGCAGGCGAGGGGGCAAGCCGGGAGACACAGCAGCUGCCUCCAAAAGGCGUUAACCACCCUUACUGGUCUUACUGGUAUUUUUUGUUUUCUUACUAAAGCUCCAGUCUUCCCUCAUUCGAGCAACACCCUCAUUUUCUCUUAUGUCUGGAUGAUCGGUGG